AGAAUAUUCCUUAACCAGUUUGGCUCGAUAAGGUUAUUACUCCGUUCGAUUGUGCUCAUUUCCAGCCCAGGUUUCUGUUGGAUAAGCGAACCCGAAAAGCCAUUUUUAUUCAUGCAGUAGCUUCAAUUAUGGCAUCGUUUUCAUGCUCAAUUUCUUCUCCAUUACCCCCAAAACUUAUUUCUCACAACAAAUUCCAACCGAUUUACCUACCAUUCCCAAACUUCCGCGCAAUUCCCACAUACAACAUCAAAAAUCGAUCCACAAAUUCAACUAAAGCUACUACUACGACUUCACCUUCUGGGCAAGAGUUGGACAUAGCAGACGAGGACUCAUUGGGCAUUGACAAUCUCCAUCAGUUUGUUCAACUCAGCCUCGGCAAUUGGGUCGGUUCUUUCUAUCAAUUUGAUGCUACUGGGAAGCUUCUGCAUAAAGUGACUACUAGGCUUUCAGCUGGCUCUUAUGGUGAAGAUGAGCUUAUUAGCCUCAUCCAGACGUUGUACAUAAAACAACCUCUAUCAGGCACAUCUGUUUCUGGAUAUGAGGAGGAGCCAGAGUGGGCAGAGUACAAAAUUAAAGAAAGUAAUAUGUUUACUGUCGACAAGUAUCAACAGAUCGGCUUCUUUCCGAAUGAGAGGGCAUUUGCCCUAAGAUACCAGACAGCAGGUAUGUUAGAAACUGUAUUACGACAGGGGGUUCUUGGGGAAGAUGACACUGGAGAAGAAUCUCCCAGAAAUUUGAAGCUGCCUUCUUCCCGCCCAUCUAUUGUCUGUGAGAAUUGCCUUUUCUCUAUCAAUAAAGAUAUGCGUGCUAGAGCAUUUCAUAUCAUGGACCCAAGAGGAGUUUUAGAGAUGCUUCUUAUAUUUCUUGAAGAGAGAGGAGGCACUGUCGAUGCACCCCCUUCCUUAGCAGACUCCGAGGAUGACGUGAACAGGCUUUUACCUUUUCUUGGCCGAUGGAAGGGAAGCUCACUUACCAAACGCAGUGGUGUGUAUGGUGCAACAAUGGCUGAACAUGAUACAAUAGCUUCCCUGGAAAUUGAUGAAAGUGGUCAGUUAAUUCAGGACAUAAGUUCAACUACCAAAGGAACCGAUGUCACUGCCAAUGUUCGCUGGACGGGCACAAUCUGUGAUAAUUUGAUAACAUUUGAUAAAGGUUUCCAGUUCACUUUGCUGCCUGGAGGUAUGUAUAUGGGAUGUCCUACUGAUGUGGCUAAAAGUAUUGCUGAACUGAAGUCUUUUCAUCUCGAGUUUUGUUGGCUUGAGUCUUCUGAUAAAAGGCAGAGAUUGGUUCGCACUUUUGAUAUUGAAGGUUUGGCUGUGUCUUCAACCUAUUUUUUUGAGACAAAAUUGUAGUACUUCUUGUUUAAUGUAUUAUUACUUCUUUUCAUCUUAAAUCAAUUAUAUUAAACAAAAAUUACUACAAGUAUGUUUUGAGGGUUUCUGCUAUACUUAUCAAUAUAUUAUAAAAAUUUAUAGGGAAAGUUCAGCCAGUUAUCAUAAUUCAUAAGGCUCUGUGUAGGAUAUUUCGGAUUCAACGUUAUUUUUACAUUCUUGAGUAAAUCUUUUCAUCCAUUCCAUUUGCUUCAUAGUA